AAUUCCUCUUCCUAUUAAUUAUCCACGCGAUUUUAAACGGAAUAUCUAAAAACCAGAGAAAAUGGGAGUGGUAGUGAUCGAUGGAUCAACCGUACGAUCGUUCGUGGAGGACGAGGAGCAGUUCAAGAAGACCAUAGACGAGAGGUUCGCAGCUCUGGAUCUAAACAACGACGGCGUUUUAUCGCGAUCCGAGCUACGGAAGACACUCGAAUCGAUGAGGCUUUUGGAAUCGCACUUCGGCGUCGAUGUGGUGACUCCUCAGGAGGAGCUGACGAGUCUGUACGACUCGAUCUUCGAGAAGUUCGAUACGGAUCAGAGCGGUUCCGUGGAUCGGGAGGAGUUUAGAUCGGAGAUGAAGAAGAUCGUGCUAGCGAUCGCCGACGGACUUGGAUCGUGUCCGAUUACGAUGGCGUUAGAUGACGAUGAGGAUAAUUUGCUGAAGAAAGCGGCGGAUCUGGAAGCUUCGAAGCUCGAGAAGAAGGCUUCGUGAUGAACGAUGAUUAAGUGGAUGAUCUAGGGAUCUUUAAAGUGUUCUUCGUCUUCGUUGUUGCUUAUGUUGUUUUGUGAUGUAAGCCAAUAUGAAUUAAUAAAAGCCUUUUGUGAAAUUUGAAUUA